UGUGAAAUAAUUAUAUAUUUAAUUAUUAAGAAUUGAUUUUCCAUGUAAAAAAUCAAUGAAUUUAAACUAUUCAUAAUAGUUUCACGUUUAAUCUGCUUCACGUUGGAUAUCUAAUUAGUUUUUCAAAAGAAAAAUUAAUAUUUUUUAGAGAAAUUUCAAAAAGAAAGAUCCUUUGCAAUAAUUCCAAAGGAGUCUAUUCAUUUUUAUGUGCCCCGCGAUCUCAGAAUAAGAUACAAACCAAAAUAUAGAAUAUUUAAGAAAGAGCAUCAAUUUUAGGAAAAGCCCAAAAGAAAUUUCACACUUUGCACUAAAAAGAAAAAUUUCUCGAAAUUAUAAAAGCUUCGUGUACAUAAAUUAUUUUUCUGCUCAGUAAAUAAAUUCUGCCAAUAAUUGAUCAAUUAUUGAGUUCUAUAUUGAAAACCCCCAAAAAAUUUCUAAAAAAUCCUAAAAUGAUAAAAUUGACUCAAUAUUGAUUGAUCAAUAAUUGAGUCAAUAUUGUUCAAUAGUUGCUCAAUCUAUGAUCAAUAAUUGAUUGAAGUGUAGCUCCGCAUAGAUGAUCAAAAAUUGAACAAUCAGAAUUGACCUUUAAUAAAUCGAUUGACUGGCUCAAUUGAUAUAUUAAUUAUUAAUCAUUAAUUGAUUCGAUAUAAAACUAAAUAAUACUGAUGCUUAAGCAAAAAUUCUCUAUAUAUACCUACAAGAUUUACUCGAAGUUUUACUUAUCUACUGAACUACAUUAUAUUUUAUGAUUUACGGCCAUUGAGCUCACACGUGAUUAACUAACUAGUCAUCGGGUUAACUAGUUAGUUAACUACAUGUACUGAAAAAAUAAUCUCUGCUAAAUAAAUUUGUCAAGAAAUUAAUAAAAAAAAUACUGAAAAAAAUAUUUUGUGAGGUGAAUAAGGGUAACUGGGGUAAAAUAGUGAAUGUGAAAAAAAAUAAAAAUUAAUAUCUCAAGAAGCAGUGGGAGCUAAUCUGUCUAAUUUUGUCAGAAGUUGCACUUUAUACCCCUGCCUAAGCCUAGAAAGUUUCAUAAUAAUUGAUCCGAUAUUUUGGCUUUUAUUUGAAAAACAAAUUUUUCAACAAACUAAGUUUUGGCGAAAUUCUCUGCAAUUUUUUUUUAUUCAAAUGCAUUUUUAGACAGAGUAACUAUUGCUAAAUACGAAUCUAUUCUGAAUUUUCCAAGAAAAAUUUCCAAGUUUUCCCGUAGAAGACUGAUAGUAGUAAAAAGUACUUCUGGGGGCAAAACGGUAAAUUUAGAGUUUUUUUUUUAAAUAACUUUUUAAAUUUUUGAAAAAAUAUUUUUUCUUAAUUAGUAUAACUAUUAUAUACAAUUUAGGAUGUUUAAUCACACUCACUAUUACCAAUUUUUAUAAACUAAAAAAAUAAAAAAGGAAAUUUCUUAAAUUUAACGUUUUCAUGGGAAAUCUCAAAUAUUUCCAUGGAAACUCAGAAAAAAUUAUCUCCCAAAAAUUCACCAUUUUACCCCAGGUUCCCCUAUGUGUGUGUGUGCGAUGAGCAUUAUGUACCUACCUACAAUUGUAUGUGUGAACAUAUUUUCUAUGUAAAAUGUUGGAGAGCGAAUGUAUAAAAAGGCAUGGUCGGAAAUACACCGAUUCACUCUUGUCGCAACUCCCGAACGAUUCGGAAGCAGAGAAAAGUCUCAAAGAAAUUUGCUGAAGCAACAAAAAAAAAGUCUGCAAGUAAAUAAGAGAUAAAGUGAUUGAGUGGUUAAUUGAUUAAUAAACACAGUGAGACGUUACAAAUUGAUUUGCAAAAACGACCCAAAGUGCGAAUUGUGGGACAUUUUUUGGGUAGUAAAGCCAGGUAUUGUGUGUGCCUGAAAAUUUGUACGAAAAGAGUGCCAAGGAGCGCAUAGCAUAAAAGUACAUAGGACAAGUAUUUAGUACAUAGUGUCGUGGUACUUUUCCACUGUCGUACGGUUGUAGCAAAAAAAAAACACGGAGGAACUCCUUGAAUUGGGGUCACAGAAACUUUGAAGCACAUUGCUCAUACCAUACGGAGAUACUAGCUGCACCCUCCUCGUGCAUAUUCUGGAACUUUCCAUCGAAUUUUUUAAAUUUAUUUGGCUAUUGCACCAUUUGGCGCGAUUCACAAAAAAUAAACGAAGGAAACAGCACACCCUCAACAUCAGGAGCAUCAGAAAGGAUACAAUUAUUUUUAUCGAUUUUAAAAGACAAUUUUUCUAUCUUGAAGAAAAAUUGUUGAGGUGAAGAACACAAGAAAAAAAAAGUGCUGAAGGUGUAUAAACCACCACACACCAUCGAAGAGAGACACAACGACACCCAAAGGUGGUGCAGCAGCAGCAAUUAAGAAAUCUUCUCACACGGAAUUCCUCAAGGAUAGGCGGAAAAAUAAUUCAGCGAAGAUGGCUUUUAUGGUACCAGUGAUGAAGAAUGAAUUUAACAUCUAUAAAACUGAUCGGAAUAGACGGAUAAGUGAGUGCUCAAAUACAUCAAGUUGUCGCUCCCGCAAAGUAUCGGAGAGCUCACGAUCUGAGGGACCAAGUUUGUCAACGUCACCCGCCAAUGAUUUCUACAUGGGAUCCCCAAGUCAGCGAAAUUGCUCCAUAAAUCGCAAUACAUCGCGGGGAUUUUCGCGGAAUUCCUCAAGGACAUCCCAGAACUCCCUCAUGAGCCCCACAAAGGCUACAACGAGUAUCGGGUGUAGUCCGCCGAAACCGUCGAGCUCAGGCAGCCAGGGGAGCUUGAAUAAAUUCCACAAUCGCCUUGUGGAUAAAUUGAAGAAAACCCUAAGGCGCGAUGGUAGCCGCGAGGAGAGUCGCUCUUGAGAACCCUCACUGGAUAAUGCCGGGGGAUCAACGUGUUCCAGUACUGCAUGUGCAUCUGAAGGUGUCACACCCAAGAGGGGUACAUCGCGCACAAGAUCUCUACUCGGCAGGCACGACACCAGGUAGAUGCGGGAUUGAGGUAAAAAAAUCUCCACAAAUACCUUCUUUUGUGUGUCAACAAAAAAACUUUUUUUUCUUAAGAUUAUUAAAUUUAAAAAGAUAAAUCUUUUAGAAAUAUAAGAACUUAUCCUUAAGGCUUAAUUGCUACAAAUUUAAUAAAUAAAAUGCGAUGCAGAUUAGGGAGUUUAAGUCACUUUAUUUUAUCAUUAAAGAGAUUCAUUAAUUAGAAUUAUCCUGAUGAUUUGAUCUUCAAUUUGCAAUGAAUAAAUUUUAAUUUAAUGAUCAGAACAAAAUUUAAAAAUUUAAUUGAAUUCAAAAAGAAGAAAUAAAAGUCAAAAUUGAAGGACUAAAAAACCUCAAGUUUGUGUUGCAUUUAUUGAUUAAAAAGAAAGUAAAAUAACGCUAAUUGGCUACCAUUUUUAUGCGCUGUUUUAUAUUAGUUUAAACCCAACAGCGUAUGUCCCACAAGAAGGGAGAAUUGAAUCUCUUCUUGUGGAUUAAUUAUAUUCUAAUAUAAUCAUGUUUAAUAAAAUUCUCUCUGAUAAAUUUUAAAAAAAUCUGCAUAGCAGUUGAAAUCCACCGCAGGAAACGAAAUGACCCUUAAUUUCUGCCUAAAAAAGGACUCUCUUGUCCUUGCAAUGAAAAGAAAAUACGAAGGUGGAAUUUAUUUUUAAUUGUAGCGUGUAAACGAGGUGAAAUUUAAUAAGACUUUUCUUCUAUACAUAUCUUGUAAAAAAAUACGAGAGAGCAUAAAUAUUUUAAGUAAAAGAUCUAUAUACCUAUUAGAUAAAUUUAGAUGCCCAGUUUAGAAGAAUUUCCUUAAAAAAAACUUAAUAAAAAGCUUGUCACAAAAUUAAAAAAAAAAUGAUAAUGAAAGUUGGGAGAAAACCUUUUUGCACAUUUUUUUGCGUAAUGUUCUCUCGUCAUAAAUUCUCCUAAAUAACAACUAACACAUUGAAAAUUCAUGUUAAAUGAUUAUAAAAUAAAAAAAUAUAUAUAAAUCAAUGUUGAAUGAGAGAGAAAAUAUAUAUUCUAUCAACUAUAUUGCUUAAAACCCCGCGUGAAGAAAAUUAGUGGGAGUUGAAAUUAAAUCAAACAUCCUGCAAGUAAAUUUAGAACUUGCUAUAAAUGCUAUUUGGCAUUAAUAAUGAAUUCGACAUGUGUUGUGUAGAGUCACAUGGAGAAUUUUUUCAAAAAAAAAACUCUAAAGAGUACCAACAUUAUACAUAUAUAGAGAUGCUAAAAGGAGGUACUCAAAUGCUUAACAACAAAGAAUAAAUCUUCAAUGUUAGUGAUGAUGAGAAAAAAAUAUUUGCACGGCGUGUUAAUUAAAUGAGAAAAUAUUAUAGAUGAAGAAGUUUUCUAUUUGACAAGAUCCUCCAAAUCAUUGGAUAAAUUCAUCAUCAUUUUGUUUGUUUAUUUUCCCUACAUAAGAAGAGAUGAUGUGGUAGUUUCCAAGGAGUUGAUGACAAAUUU